AAUUUCAACGACCUGAAUAACUAUACUGUUUCCAUCAUUUAAUCUUGAAAUAUUUGUGUCUGAAGUGCACAUAUGUAAUAUUUAAUUGUGUUCAAUCGAGGGGUGAUAAAAUUAAAAAAUCCAAAUUUUUCGGUUCCGAAACAAAAUUUUUUAACUUUUGAAGGCUCAAAUGAAAGUUUAUGGCGUAAGGAAUUAAUUGAGAUUAGUUUUAUUCAAAUAUUCUCCCUGAUUUUUUAGUUAUAAACAAGUUUAAAAAAUUGGCUAAUUCGCGGGCUAAGAAACACUAUAACCGUCUAACGGUGAAACAGUGGAACUAAUCUCCUCAUGAAGAAAUUAAAAAAAUCAAAUUUUUCAGUCUAUAAGGCGAAUUUUUGAACUGUUCAGGAAUUAAAUUUAAUAUAAUAUUAUUCCGGUUUGGAACAUAAUUAAUUAAUUACAUACAAUUAGUAAAUACUUACAAUGUCCUAUUUUAGGCAUAGUGGCGCCACCUCUGCUCUACUCAUUUCUGCUUAACAAACAAAUUUACUUCAUCUUAGGUCUUAGCAUUUAUUCGAAGAUCUACAUUUCUAGUAAACGUUCGAAAAUAUUUAUUUGAUAAUUUGUAGGUGCGUGUAAGUAACUCGAUUGACAGUUUGUAAAAGUCGAACAAUAAAUUUUGUUAGCUAUAAUCAAAUAAUGAACCUGAAAGAAAUGUCAUGAUAUCUAUAAUUUAGUAUAUUCUUCCAUUUUAUGGUUAAAAUGGAUUUUGGUACCUUACUAAGUGUGGCCCAGAAAAAUGAAAAUAAUAAGCAGUCAAUUGCUUGUUACCAAACAAAAUUUUCUCCACCCAAAAAACCAACCAAGCAGAGCAAAUCACUUUCGGACAAUAUAAAAAAAUUUUUAGCUCGUAAGGAAGAAGAAGAACGCCAGAAAGCAUUAGAAGAAAAGAAAAAAAGAGAGUUUUAUUAUUAUUCUUUUUUUAUCUAGAAUUUAUUAGCACUUCGUGAUCAUAAAGCCCAAAGUCGAAUAAAUAAACAUUUGAAAGUAUGUAAAGCUGCAAAUAAGUCCGUAUUGCCAGAUGCAAUUGACAAUGAGAACACAGCUGUUACAAUGGCAGGUCCUUCACAACCUGAUGAAGACGACUAUGGAUAUGUUUCGCAGGAAGCGUCUGCAUUUUAUAAUCAGUUAAUGAGUAAAUACAACAAUACGACUUCGCAAAAACCAGCUUUCGAUGACUGCCGAAAAAGGACAAUAAAAGAUAUAGCAUCUACAAAGGAUAGAGUAAAACUAGCUUUAAAACAGCAAGAAGUGGAAGAAGCUUUAGGACACCGUCGGAAAAGAAAACAUUCCGUAAAAGAAGUAGAAUUAGAGGUAGAAGAAAAAACUGAAAAAGAGACUAAAGAUGAUAAAAAGGAAAAAGAUGAGAAGUCAAAAGCCAAGAGGAAACCUAUGCCACCACCAAUUGAUUUUACUGAAUUAUUAAAAAUUGCUGAAAAGAAACAACACGAACCAAUCAUUAUCGAAGCUAAACCAAAAAGUGAUGAACCAGAAAGGUUAUUGACCAAAAAACAAAUGAAAGAAUAUGCAAAAGAAAAAGAAUGGCGAGAACGAAAAGAACAACGAAAUAAACUCGGCAAUAUGAAUAAUAAAGAGGGAAUUGUUACGACAUCUAAUAAACUAAAUAAAACACAAGAUUGUCGUAAUAAUGCCAGUUCUUCUAACAAAAUAUCAAAAGUAUCCGAAAAAUUAACCACACUAUCUUCAAUUUCGAAUAAAACUCUUUCCAAAGUAACAGGAUUACAAUCAUCAACUUCUAAAAAAGGAGGUAUUGAAAAAUCUAAUCUUAAUAAAGUUACUCCAAACAAGCCCAACAUUUCAAAAACAUCUGAGAGAGAUAUACUUUCUGAGGAAAGAAAAAGGUUGGAAACAGAGAGAAAAAAAUUAGAAGAAAUGCGACAAGCAAUUGAAGAAGAAAAAAAGAAAUUAAGAUUAAGCAAAACUCAGAUUGAAGAUACGAAAAAUCCGAAAAUUGAGAAGUCAGUAUCAAAAAUGAAAGUAGAGAAACAAGAGUUAUCGAAAAAUACAUAUAAAGAAUCUCCAGCAAUUAGCGUAGCAAAGUGUCGUAUACCACAAACAAUGAAUGAUAAAAUAAAACAAUUUCCACCAGCAGACAUGAAGUCAAUCAAAUCUAAACAAAUGCUUCAUUUAAAGGAACAGAGGAAGUCACUGGUUAACCAUAAACGUCGUAUAAGAGAUGAGGAUGACGAAGAGGAAUAUGACUCUGAGCUUGAAGAUUUUAUUGAUGAUGAAGUAGAAGAAGAAAAUGAAGAUUACAGUAAAUAUAUAAGCGAAAUAUUCGGUUACGAUAAAAAUAAAUAUAAAUAUGUAGACAAUGAUGAUGAUGCAGCUAUGGAAAGCAGUUUUGCACAACAGCUCAAAGAGGAAUAUGUAUCCACUAAAAUAGGUAUUAUGGAAGAUUUAGAAGACAUGCGUAUGGAAGCUUUGGAAAAAAAAAGGAAAGCUCUCUUCAAAAAAAAAUUUAAGAAGUAAUUAUAAAAUUGUUUAGAAAUUUCUAUAAAAUUCUAUUUAAUAAACUAUUACAUGCUUAUACGAA